ACCACGGGCCGAGCUUGAGAAUCUUUCCUUCCACAAUGCCGUGCCGUGGAAAACAAGAUUUUGUUCAACGCGCAACUCAGACAAGAUGGACAGAAGAAGGCGUUUCUAGGUAGCUCUGUUUUUUUUUGAUAAUGAUGAAUUUAGACAAGGCACCGCUCCAGCCGGUCGCAGGUCACAUAACUUUCCAAUCCCAAGACCGGACGGCAUGCUCUGGCUUGUUUUAUCCUAGCGGCAGGGCAGUCGCGAGACAGCAAAUCACAACGUUCGUUGGACAAGUGGUCGGUGAACCCGCGGCAGGGAAGGCAACGGUGAAGUAUCAGCAUGAGGUUCUAGUGUACCACCUUGAGGUACGGAAGCGCAAUCGUGGAAUAUCUGGGAACGUCCAGCAAUAACAGAUCGACGAUGAUGGUCUUGGUCUGCCCGCCGUGCCUGCCUUGAAGUUGC